CGCGACCUCUGAACUUUCAGACAGGCGCAAUGCGUACCGGAAAUCGGUCCCCAAUCGUUCGGCGCCGAGUCGAUGAUCAGCUGGUGAAAUUGCAGCACCUCAGACUGUCAUUUGUGUGUUCUUAGACAGCUUCAGAUUUGAAGCAGAUGUGGAUUCCGAGGUGCAUUGCUAAUGAGUCUGGUGUGUAUUGAAACUGCACAAGAGUUGCCUUCCCAACAACCUUGUGGCAUUUGUCAAAGGACUGCAGUGUGUGGAAGGAGAGUCUAUGUGGAUUAUCUUGCAAACAGUCCUACAGAAAUGGCAUCUACCUGGAGGAAAAUAGCGAUUUCUCCUAGCAAAGAUGUUACAUAGUUUAAAUCUCCUGCUUAGGUUUGGUAAUCAUCUGGCAAAUUAACAUACAAUGCUGACGUGUUGUCUGUGGUAAGCAUCUGGCAAAAGCCAUGCAAUGCUGACCUGUCAUGUCUGUGGACUCCGCUGGUGCAUGGCACAGUGCUGUCAUGCCACACAGGAGCACAACUUUUCAACAGCAAGUCUUUUAAUCUGAGCAGCAGAAAGAGAUGUUUUUAUGCUGAAACUAGCAAGUCUUUUCUCUUUAAAUAAGUGUGUCAAGCAAAACUUUAGGUGGCAUGCUUUAUAAACUUUUAUUUAACUGACUGACUUGCACAACCUUUCUUAUGAGAGAAUUAACUGUGAGUGAUUGCCAACAGAAAUUGCCCAUUGCUCAUGGUCCCAUUGCCCAGUGAGAUUUGAUUGUUGAUUGGUAGUCCGUGUGCCAUAGUGAUGCUUCUACCCGACAGUGUCAUGCUGUGGUUGACAGGCACCAGCCUUUCUUUAGUUUUCUGUGGUCUUGUAUCAUUCUCCUCAUCAGCAUCUCUGCAAAAUGGGAAGAACAUUCCCUCGCCUUACAAAACCUUUUUGGUUACGCCAGUCAGCAAGAGAGACAUUGCCAAGCAGAGCACUCUGGGAGUUUUUUCUACGAUGCUUAACCAGGCAAGCAGCAACAGUGAGACUGCAAAGAUGAAGCACAUGGAGCAAAGAGAGUUUGUGGCUGGCACUGACAACACAUCUCUCCCAAACAGCAAACAGGAUGCAAGAAACAGGAGUUUAGAAUCAGCAUGGUAUGACACCACAGGUUGGUUGCCCAAGAAGGGUUUCUACACUGACAGAAAAGUGAACUUGGCUGUGCUGCCAAUGCUAGCAUUCAUCAUAUUUAUCUUUGGAGUGUGUGUUAAGUGCUACUCUUGGAUGCGGGACCAGGACCGCAGAAAAGCAAGAGGAACACUGGACUUUGAAGAUGAUGAGCAAAAUUACACCAUCAUCACAGAAGGUGAGCAUGGCUACCGUGAGGUGGAUUUUCGCUCGGACACCACAUCCAUGUACGACACACUCACUUCUUUUCGCUCCAUGCGCCUUCCUUGCAAUGAAAAUACCAUUACAUCUGUGAAAUCAUUGCCAAACCAACCUUUUGAAUCUUAUCGCUCCAUUUUGAUUCAGCGGCUUGAGGGAGGAGUGUAUGCCAGCGUGCAGUCUUACAAAGCAUUUCUUCAGAAAUCCAUUGAGGCUAAGGACAUUGAUAUUGAGGUGGAGCUGGUAAAGAAUUAUACCCCUUGCAGAAGUCGUAGCAAGAGCUAUGAUGCAGUGACAGGUGCAGCUGCCAGGUCACGCAGGCGCAGGAUGCGGCAGCACUCCGGCAGUCGCAGCAUGAAUGGCAGCGUUGGCGCUCAGGCAGCUAAAGAGAGAAUCCGUCGACAUUCUGAGAAGACCCCUUCACACUGCUCCCAUCUUGAGUCUCUUAGAAAAAACACAUUCCAUCGGCAAAGUUCUCCUGCAAUUUUUGAACCUCUUCUUGAGGGGGCCAUUUGUAUAUCACUUGAACAAAGUGAUACAACAGCUGGUGCUGUCUGCCCUAAUGACGAUGUCUUUCUAGAGCGAAGGCCUUCUAGCUCCUCAUCAUCUAGUAACUCCUUCCAUAGCAACACUUACAAUAUCCAUAGCAACACGGUAUUCAGCAAGGUGUCGACACACAAGCGUAGAGAGCGGCCACGUGUGAAACGGGCAUCACAUGACAUGCUUACAGAUCACAGCAGUGGCCACAGUUCUGAUGAAAGUCCGAAAAGCUCAUCAUCAUCCUCAGAUAGUAACAGCUCCAAUGAAGUUGACUCUGACAGUGAUGUUACCGACAGCGGGUUGGUGGUUGAACCAAGUCCACUAUUGGCUGCUAAAGGGGAGCCUGACAAACAGCAAGCUAAUGGAAACAUCCUAUCGAGGGCUGCUUCAAGAAAAGUGCACAGGUUCAAGGUCAGCUUUGUAGAUGAUGGCACCCUGGACACAUCAUCAUCAGAUGUAGGAGGGAAAUGAACAUUUCAAGAUUUUAUGUGAUCACAAGUGCACUGAACCCUGACAGAUGAGAAGUUGAGACAGUACUCACCUCUGACGUGUUCUAACAUGUUCCACAACAAGCUUGAAUACUCACUCUUAUUUUACAGUCUCAGUUCAUCCUCCACACAUUUGUUUUGAUGUUUUCUUUAAAAAUAACAAACAUGGUUUCAUAGAUACAGAUUACUUUGCCAUGUAUUUAUUUUGUACUUUCUUGUUUUGUUGUUUGCCUCUGAUACAAAAAAAACCAACCCAACCUUGGCCAUGAUUUUCAGUUGGCCUGUUAAAAAUUGUCGCAUAUUCAUUACUGCAGGUUAUUCCUAAUCCAGCAGACCUUUAGAUUGUUAGAAUAGUGGAACAAAGUAUUAUGUUCCUGUUUUCUUGUAUUCUCCCACUCUUUAUUUAAAUCACUUGUAUAUUUGAUAGUGCAAAGCAUAUUGAAUGUUUAUGCAAUGUAAAUGUUCGACUAGUGUGGUGUACAAUGUUGCGUUACUGGCACUGUAGAGGUCAUAUUGGUAGUAGACUGUAACACUAAAGUUUCUCAUCACCUGGUAUUAUAAGGUGUUUUCGUAUUUGCAUUUUUGUAGCUUGAUAUUUUCCCACCCUUUUGGGUAUUGUAAAAUGGCCCUUCUGUUGUUGAUUUUUGUCUUUCUUACAGAUAGAAUAAUAAACCAUUUAGUAGGGACAUCUUCAUGAGUAAUGUCCUCAGGUGUCAGCUUUUACAAAGCAGCUGGUAAAAAAACUAAGUUUUUUGCAAGACCAAAUGCAAAAAACAAAAAGAAAAAACCUGGCUUAGGAUUAGGGUUAGCUCUUGGUCAUACGGUGUGGCAGUAACAGGAGGAACAUAGUUAAUGUGGGUAGUAAUGUUCAGUGAUUGAUAGUAAAUAAAGUAUAUUUAUUCUAUUUAAACUAUUAAGCUGAUUUUACAACAAAGUAAAACAUUUGCAACUUUCUCCGAAUUAGCUUCUUGCCACCCAUAUACCAAGGUCUGCUCUUUUGCUCUGUGUAUGUCCCACACUUUACACAUUAACAGUUCUGGAGAUCAUUUUCUUGUUUUGAUCACAGUCAUUGAAAUUUCUUGCCUUUUUUCAUUGUUGUGUGUCAGCCCUGAAAUCAGUUGUCAGCCUCAGCAUUAUUUAUAACUGCUGCAUUACCUCCCCACUUCUUUGCUCUUUCCCCUCAUUCUUUGCAGUCUCUCCACAACUGUUCUUUAAAUUAACCACUGUUGAGCUCAGACACUCUUUUCCAAACUCUGAGUGAACACCUCUCAUUCUUCCCCGUUUUCAAGAUGCAAGUCUACAAACAUCAUGAUAUAUGGGGGAAAAAAUGUGGGUCGAUCCCUGACAUGUCUAAAUAACUUAUUGUUCCAGACCCCCCAUUAGCUGUGACAGUGACAGCAUAAGUAUAUUUUAUACAUAUACAUUUCUAAUGUCAGGAUUUUUGUUAACCUAUUUCUGUGUCUGAUGAUAUUGUGUAGACAUGUAUCAUGAUAAUGCAGUGAGUGAGGAGAUGUGUUCCCUCAGUUGGGUAAAUAUUGUGUUCUGAGCUCAGCAUAGUGAUUUUAGAGUAAAAUUGCACUUUGGUGGGUCUUUAAUGCACUCCUCAUCUUCUGUUUACCUGUAGACCUGUGGUGCACUCUUUCUAGUCUUCAAUUUACCCGCUGCUUUUUGUAUGUUCUCAUUAACUACAGAGUGGUGAUCUUUAAUAAUUUCCUCACCAAUUACUAUUAAGUAGUGUCUUCUUAAGCUUUGUCUUGUGUGGGGCAUGUACUAGUGAGGAACCCAAAACUCAUGAGGCUGUAGUGUAAACUGCUGUACAUUAACCAGAAGCAUAGGUGCAGCAUCUUUUAAAACUGUUCUUUUAUUUAUCUUUUAUUGCAUUUUUGUAGGAUAAAACCUUAUUUGAACUAUGGUUGCUAUUAACAAAAUAUUUAGUAUAUUCUCUUACUAUAAUAUGCAGUUUAGUUCAUGUGAGUCAAUAAAAUCAUGUGUUGUGACAAUGAAAAGAGUUGUGCAGGAUUUCAGAAAAUACUUCUGUUUAAGUUGUAGGGCUUUUGAGAAAAGCUUAGAUCCUGUUUCAGAUGUUUCAGUUGAGAAUUGAUACAUUGCUUAUUUCAUUGUUCAUGGCCAGUUCCCCUACCCCAUUCUUUUAAAUCUGAAUUUAUGGGUGAGGUGUCUGUCUCAUUUUGCUUUUAAAAAGCUUCUUUCAAAUGCUUGUAUUAUGUGCUGUCUGCUCCUCUUGCAGGCUUGUUUUUUAUCCACACAGUUGUUUUUUACACCUAGUUUUGUUUUUACUUGUUGAUACUGUAGAAGUGAAAUGCGUAGAGAACUACAGAAGCGAAAAGCACUUAUGUACUUGGUUUGGGUCAUGAUUGUUGCAUUUUUACAGCAAGUCCAAGUGUGCAAUAUGUUAAGCUGUCUGGAUUAUUUUUUUCACAUUCAUUACUUGGUUAAAACUACCUGUGCACUGUCUUGUCUGUGCUUGUGUUUACUGAAUACUGAAUAAGGCCAGUUUGCAAUGUCUUAUUGUUCUCACCCUGCUGCUCUUUCCAAACCCAUCAGCUGUCAAAAACUGCUCUGAAAAUGUUAGAGGACAGACUGCUUGCUUACUGCUGGUUUGGCUCUCGAAACACUCACAGUCUAUUGCCACUGCUGUUAAUUUUGUGUAUGUGCGUGUGCGCAUGCACGUGUGUAUUUCUUUUAUUAAGCAUGCACCAGCAUCGUAAAGACUUGUUUAGUAGUGGCCAGUUUUAUUUAGCUUUCUUCUGCAUGCUUUUCACAAAUUGAGUACAUGUAUUAGAUGAGGUUUGUUUUUGUUUGUUUGCAAAAUAUUUAACGGUGUUGAAUCUUAGAUGUGUUUAAUGCUGUUCUUUUUAUUCAAGUGACCCUAAACUGAGACCAUGUCUCUAAGAACACAUUGAAAAUUAUCUGAACUUGGAUUCCAGCAAUGCACUUGGUCAUAAUGUGUGUAAAUCAAAGAUUUUGCUGCAGAAUUUUAUUAUAAAUGAGUGGUAUAUCAGACCAUGGGUUUUAGAAUAAUUUAUUUAUUUUUAAUGUCAUAUUUGCAAGUAGCUCAUGAUGGUUCAAGGACUAGGUUAUGACGUGUGACUAUAAUGCUUCUAGCCUUCCAUAUGACAGAAAUAAUACUGCUGUAAAAAUUAUCACAAGUGGAAAUAAAUUCCUGAUGACUUAAAGCAUAGAUAGUUCCUGUGACAUGUGCAUCAGAUCUUGAUAGAUGACACAAACGCAUAUUUGGAUCUGGAUUCUUGACUGCUUCAUCAGCUGAUGCUUGUUCAUAAUUAAUCUUGGUUCAUCAUUUGAUGCUGGUGCUCAAGCUUGACAAAAUAAGUGUAAAGACAGGCCAUCAUUUCUGGGAUCCUAGAGAGAAUCUGAAUGUUUUGACAAGGAAUUUUGUUUGAAAGGCUCUGUAUGUUUUAGCUCCAAAUUUGAUGACAGUCCAUACAGGUGUAGGACUAAACUUUGAUCAUUUUGACUGAAUGUCUCCUUUGUCAGUUAUGGUGCAGUAUUUAUGUGCCUAUGAUCUCACUAACCUAAGAUAGUCUAGUCAGUAUCAGUUACAGUGAAUACACUGGUUACCAUUAUUAUGUCUACAUUUAAAAACCCGUCCACAGUUCAGAUUUAUAUCUGGUUAUACAGAUAUGUAGUUAUUAUCAUGUUAGUUUCAUCUAGAUGGGUCACUAUUAAUCAUCUCAGCCAAUGGUUAGCAUCAGUCCAAAGCCAGAACUGUCGGCUUGCCUUGGUGCAGCCGAAUGUUUUACCUGCACAGAGUGAUGCUCAUUUCAGGCAGUUCAGUGUUAGUACUUGCCUCCUGGUCAGAAAUUUUGUUUAUCAAAAUUUUAUUCUGACGAUAAAGGUUUUCUGUUCUGGCAAUAGCGAAGGAUUAUUGUUCUGACAGUAGCAAAGGUUUGAAUGAUUCUAAGAGAUGGUGUCAUUGACUAACCUAGACAAACUCGCUAACAGUUCAUGCGCACAUGAUAGUGCUGUAUAAAUUAAGGUGACUGGCUUUUCUGACAAUGGCAUAUAGAAACUGAGGCUGCUUAAUAUUUAUGGGAUGAUGAUAAGACUUAAGUAGUUCAUUUACAUAAUAUAUUGUCAUUUUAAGUAUAGUAUUAUAUGUGCAUUGACUGUGCUGCUUUUCUCAAACUGGUGCUUAUGGGCCACUUGAUCCCAGUUCCAUAGGAGAUGCAAGGAAUGUGAUGUGAAUGGAAGAAAUAAUAUCUCACCAGGCUUUGUCUUUUUUAAUGGAAGCAAUGGGAUCAACUGUUUAGCUGAUUUGUGGACCAAAAUAGGUCUUAUUCUCAAAAUGUCGUGUCUUAGUUGUGUGUGUGUGCGCGCUACCAUUUUCAUUUAGCCAUUGAAUACACUGUUUACUUUAUGCAGAGUAAUUCUUCUUCAACAGCUCAGUGUGGAAGUCAUUUAUAGAUAAUGAUUCUUUAUCUUCUUCUUUUGACUUGCUGUCAGGGUAAACAAUCUCAUGUCUUCAGAUAUCAUUCACUCUAUGAAUUUGUUAGGCAUCUGUGUUUGUAAUGUCAAGCAUUUAGUUUUUUGUGUGUUAUUGACCAGAAGUUCCAUUACUCAUAGACAAGAAAGAAUGGCAUAUUAAAAUUUCUUUAAGCUCCAUAAUUUAAUAUAAGGAUAAACUAUAAAAAUGUCCUGUGAACAGAUGAUGGUGACAGGCAAUUUGUUUUUUAUUGUUAUAAAAGGCUUACCGGGAUGUACCACCUGCAGUAUUCAGUGUUAAUUCAGUAUGGCACAUGUGGCAUUUUUGAUAAUAGUCUUUCAGUUUAUUUCCAUGACACAAAUUCGAACUAAAACAUGAACAGAAGUGAUAUUUUACUGCACGUGUGCGCUCACACAGAACAAAUGUAUACUGACUUAAUACCAAGGCAUGCCUUUUAGGUUCUACUGAAGUACCGGGGUAUCGAAGAAUAGGUUAUGUUUAAGUACAAAGUUUCCAAAGUUUGAUUCCAUUUAAUCCUAGUGUCCAGAAGCAUAAACGGAAUGGCUGCCCAUGGUGAUUGUUAUAAAUUUGCUAUAUAUGAGAAACGUGAUCAUUAUACUUUGUGAUGAUGAUGAUGAUGAUUCCAAGAUGUAAGAGUCAUAUUCAAACCAUUCCAGAAAUUCAGAUCUUGGGGUUUUCUUUAUGUGCUAAUGUGCGUUCUUCUUUGUGUGAGAUGAAGUGAAUAAUUACAUAUUAAACAACAUGUUUAAUGCUGUUAAAAACUGGAAACAUACAAGCAUGGAAUUGCAAUAUGUGCGCGUCCCUUGAUGAUUGUAGGUAUGUAUAAGUCACCUGAUGAUUGUGUGUGUGAGAGAGAGACACCUGAUGACUAGGCAUGUGUAUGAAUCAUCUGAUAACUGUAUGUAUGUGUAUGAGUCAUCUGAUGACUAGGAAUGUGUUUGAGUGCUGGCUAGAUUCCUUCCUUUUAGUUAAUUGAGGAACUGCGGGGCCUUAUUUCAAUACCUUGGUUUAACGAGUGGUGAAAAUUACUGCCGAAACUUAUUUCAGUACCCAAGUUGGAUGGGUAGUGAAUGGGACUGCUGAUGGAGUGGACAGAAAAAAUCCUGUUUACAUAGGAUCUACCCAGGGUCUGUAUAAUGGCUGUGAAGUCAAAAACUUUUAGUGCCAUUGUAAUUAAAAAAGUUUAUUGUUACCUUUAUCCUCCUUAAUGCUAACAUGUGGGGAAGUCUUGUUUUCCAGAGGAACAUGUAUUUGGUUUUAAAAGAAGCACUUGUACCUUAACAAUUCUACAUUUCUGUGAAGAAUUCCUUAUAUUUGGUGUUGAUUAGAAGGCUUGAAUCAUGUUUGUAAUGAUUCAUAUUCAGCUUGAAAAAAACAUUUGGCCAACAUUUGAUGAAUAUAGAGAAAUAUUUAACCCACAGAACUCUUUGGCAUUUGGAGGCAAGUUUGACAAAGAUAGUUUUGCAUGAGGAGGGUUCUUUGACAUGUGAAGACUUAGUCUGUAGAGCAGUGGUUCUCAAAGUGUGGUCCGCAAACCACUUGUGGGCCGCACACGUAAGUUAUGUGUUCUGUGGCCGACGGUUAUCACAUGUCAGCAAAGGGAUGUUUAAAUCACCAGAUAUGCUAAUUAGUCGCUCGCUUACCAACUAAGUCUUUACAUCACAGCCUGAGCAUUGUGUUAUUUAACUGCAUCAUCCAUUACCCUUAGAAACGCAGUGCAUUUCCUUUUAAUUUUUAUGUGUUCUUUGCAAAGUAUGUAAUUUUAUGUAAACUUAUUACUAUACUACUAUCACAAACGUACUUUAAGUUUUGAAUUGUAAUGAAACGCAACAAUUUAAAUUUGAAGUUCACGGUACAGAGUAAUUUUAGGCCUUGGUGGUCUGCCAUACUUUUUACUUUAGUAAAGUGGUCUGUGGUCUGAAGUACUUUGAGAAUCACUGAUGUAGAGGGCUGCUUGGUCUGUUGAGCAUGUGGAUGGGGAGGGGGUGUUUACAUUUUGAAGGAUUUGUCAUGCUGAAGACUCAUGGGCAUGUGGAGGGGGAGAGAUGAUAGCAUUUUGGAGGAAGGCUUGUCAUUUGUCAUGCUGAACUGUUGGGCAUGUAAGGUUGUUUGUUGUUGUUGUUGGUUUUUCUUUUUUGUAUGUGUGUGGGGGGGGGGAGAAUGUUGACAUUCAGAGCUACUGUGUAUGUUUGAUGCAGACUUUUUGUGCAAGCCUUUUAAAUUAGUGCCUGUAGGUAAAAGAGCACGGUAGACUUGAACCAUGUGUUUUAAGCCUGUCACCAAUAAGUAUAGUGCUCAGCCUCCCAUCAGCUCCAGAAACAGGCAAACACAGACCACAGACCAUGCAACUUUUUAAAAAAGAAAUGACAUAAACCUUUUAGUUGAAACCAAGACCUCCGGUACAGGGUCUCAGCCAGUCAGACACAAGCUGUGAGAGCGAGGGUGACCGAGAGAGAUUUUUCAUGAACAAAAGAUUUUAACUUGCUUUAAAUUCUUUUCCUGAUGUUAGUUGUGCAUAGAGUGGUUCUGGAAGGUUUGGAUAGGAUCCUUUAGAUAUUGUAAACAAAAACUGAUGCCACAGAUUCUAUAGGUACAACACAAUCAUGUAGGUACCAUAAAAAGUAGAAAGUGGUCCCUGUGGAUGCUAUAGGUACUGUAAACACCAGAAACUGGUGUAUGUGUUUGUGUGUAUCUUCUAUAGUUACUCAGAACAAUAGAAAUUGGUUAAUAUGUGUGUGAAUCUUAUAAGUACUGUAAAUACCAGAAACUAGUGCAUGGAUCCUAGAGAUGUAACUCUAGAAACUGAUGUCUUUGGAAUUGUAUCAUAUUUCUUAGUAAGAGCUGAUUUGUUUUUCCAACAGUAUUUUGAUCAACUGUUUAACAUGUCAUUUCAUGUUAACAAAGCCUUUUGAUAUAGUUUUAUAGCUUUUUUGAUAAAAUGUUUUCACUAGUUGUUGCAUGCAUGCCUGCAGAUGCAUAGUUUUAUGUAAGAGUGCAGACAGGCCUGUAUGUGAAUAGUUUUUUUAUCAGAAUGAGAGUGUAAACUGUUAUGCGUUGCUUUUUUUUAAAGGGAAUCUCACCAAAAUACUCCUAACUUCUCUCUGUUCUUUUAUUGACAAUAACUAGCUCUUGUAACAUACAUCUGUAACAAAGACUGGUACCUGAGUUUGUUGGUUGACUCCAUGCUGUACAGGAGCACCUUUACGUGUCAGAUUAAUUAAAGACCUACCUGAUUGGUCUGAGUUAUAAACAGAUUCUGAUUGGUAGAGCUAUUAUAAAUAUGUUUUGUAAAUUUUGUAAAUUUCAGCCUGAAACAGUUAAUUUAUUGUCUAAUUUCAAAGUUGCGCCUAUAGUCAUCAAGUCCUCACUCCCGCAUGCAAAUAAGAUACGCUAUCACAGCCAAUGACAUCCACACUGCAUCUCGGUAAGCAUACAAUGGCCAGAAGGUGGAGCAAUAUGUCAGGUUCAUCGAUCUUCAUUUGUCGCUUUCUAGUGGAUGAAGACAAGUGUGAAAUGAUAUUCUCUAGCCCUGAUGGUAAUAAACCUUGUGUGUUUUGAACCUGAGGAUUGUGAAUGCUCAAAACCCCAAACACAAUAUACUCAGGCAGCAGAUGACAAAGAGUGACUUGACAAUACGACAUGGUAAACAUUGUUGAUGUUCAUCAAAUUUUGCAAGCUGCCAGUGAUCAUUGCAAUUUAUGCUUGUCUGUUUACUUAUGUACUGUCACAAAAACCUCAGGUGUGAAAAUUUGCCACUGGGACUGAUUUCUAUGUUUAUAUUUCACCCAUACAAUUCUUUUUUAAUGGAAAAGCAGAGAUAAAUUUGGGGGAAUGCUGUUGCUGAUAUUCCUUAUCAUUUACAGUUUGCAUAUUGUGACGCUAGUCACAGCUAUAGUACUCUGGCUUGAAAAGUUGAAUUAUAGGUACAUUUAUUGAGAUGAGAUAACUUCAGUGGUUCAUGCACCUUCUUUGUGUUGUUGGAUGAGAAAAAGCAUGCUUUUGUGUAGUAGGCAUAAAGUCUAAAAGAUGGUUUUGCGGUACCCCCAAACCCUCUGGCUUCUUCCACGUGUACAUUACUGGGUAACAUUCAGGAGCAAAGUGGGUUCACAUUAGCAGUACUGUGUAGGCACAGUGAAGUCAGCUCUACACACAUGAAGGAAGCUGAUCCAUUGUCUCAAUGAUGAAUCCUUUGGGAACAUGUUAACACUUCUGUAUUUGGGCUUGGUCUUUUCUAGAUAACUUGUAUCAACUAUGCUGCGGUCAGUCUUGAUGAUGUCAUGUACAGCUUUGUGCCCAAAUGGAGAUUUAAACAGGCGAGGAAAUAGUUUUUAUUUAAUUUCUUGAGAUUCAUGCUUCUCCUUGCGAUUUCAUAUUUUAGGCAUUAAUAAAUUAUAUGAAAGGAGUCUUUUGAGCAUGGUAUGCGUUACCAAUCAGGUGGGUCUUAAAAAAGGAGUGGCCAAGGGAAGUGAUUGGUUAAUAGCCUGACCAUUGAGUAUUACUGUGAAGUAGGUGCUUGAAGGAUGCAUUAGCCAAUGCUCUGUUUAUCUCUCUCUCUCUUUGUCUUUGAAGAUACUACAUGAGUUUUGCUUGAGAUUGUACAGAAUAUUGUUUAGAGCUUCUCUUAGCACACCAGAUGAGUUAGGAUACUACACCACACAGAACACUGUUGUGAAAAAGCUGCCAGUGUGCAGAGUGAAUAUUUCUUCACUCGACAGAGAAAAGACACUUUUUGUAUUCUUGACUUGACAGAAGAGACAAAUACAUUCCACUCUUUUUCUCUAGACAUAUGCCAUGCAUUCUGGCUGUGUGUCACAUUUUACUUCAUUUUCUGCUCUUGCUGACCACAUCACUGGUCCCAGUGACUGUGUCUCCCAAGCAACCAAGAUUAGUGUGCAAGAUAUGUACCUUGAGUUGGAAUAUUCCAGGCUAAUGAGAUUUCUGUAAUAUGCAUAUUAGUGCCGAAGAUUGUAGACGGGAUGACUGAUUAUAUUAUGCUCAUUGCAUGCAUUUGUAAGACCUAGAUGCCAGUAUUAACAGUGUAAAAUAUGUUUCUUGUAUGUCUGAUAAAUUUUUCAGAUACUAGUGUCCAUAGGUAUGAUACACAGUAUAUUCAUAUUGCUUGCAUAUGAAAGACUUAGAUGCUAGAAUCAGGGCUCAAAUAUCACUUAUGACUGAUCUUUGUUCAGCACCUUCAUUUGAUGGCUGUUAUAAGAUGUGAUUGUUCCAUAAAUUUGAAAAUUACAAAUAUGGUAGUGCACCUGUAUAGUCUAUGUGCUCACGCUUAGUUGCACUUUGAGUAGCCUGCAUUAAGGCAAGUCUGAGGUGCAGGAUUAAGUGUUUAAAUUUACAGUUUGCUGGCUAGAGAAUGAGAUUAAACUGUAAAUGUUUUACCUCAAAUUGUACACGAAGUUUAGGUGCUGCCUUGUGUAUGAUCAAAAAGCCUAGAUCUGUAUGCAAAAUGCACAGUUUGGAUAGAAACGUUUAUUCAGUGAACUAUAACAUAUCAAGUCUUGUCUGCAUAUUUCUGAGACAAAAGCCACAAUACAGUAAGAACUGUUAUUCUGCUGAUGUGUCUUUACCUGUAAUGAUAUGUUGAAGUAUAUUAGCAUGUCUCUGUUGUGUUAAUAUCAUUUUGCAUCUUUGUUUUUGUGUUGCUUGGAUACUUGAAGGCUAUUUAUACACAAGUGAGUUGCUACGUUGAACCGGUGAGUUCAUAUAUAGUGAGAGAUCAUAUUGUGAGAGGCAGUUUGGAGUGACUUUGCAGGAUUGAAGAUACUUUUUCUGUUGUUCCCACCUGGAAAGAUCAGUGCCUUUGAGAGAAAA